UAAAUUCCAGUGACAUCUUCGAGGAAUGCAUAGGAAUCACUAGAAAACACAACCAGUCUAGUUACCUGUGGCAGUGGCACGUGCACGUCCGAUAUAGGGUGGUCACCGUGUGCGUUCGGGCUUGGAGUCAAACCAUUUCUUUUUACGACUAUGAUCACUGCAUAAUACUACUUGCUGCUCGACUUUAACAAGAAACAGAGUGCAUUCAGCUAUGGAUAUGCAGAUGCCUCGUGAAGGGUUGAGCUAUAUAGUUCCACCAGGGCCAUGUCAAAACCUGUUAAAGGAGCCAAAUCAGCUUCGUCUCUUACUCGCACGUCAUGGAACCCAUUUCAUUCAGACUUAACGACCUUCCGACUGAGCUCGCCCUCAUCAUCUUCAAGCAUGCGGCACAACCACCUUUUGCUCAAUAUGCGCCUUUCACCCGAGAUCCAUACUCAUCCGCCCUUUCACUAUGCCAGGUCUCCAAAAUUGUCAGGCGCGCUGCGCUGCCUGAAAUUUUGCACACAGUAUUAUUGUCGACAACUCGCGACCUACUCGCUUUCGUACGGGCUCUGCGUAUGCAAAAAACAUACAUUGAUCAACAACAUGAUCUAGCUUUUGAUUACGCAUCUUGCGUGGACAGGAUGUCAAUCGGACACUUUCAGGGGCCUCGUUCCUACUUUCCCCUUCCUAUGCUCGAGCUUGAAGACGAGUUCGAUAUCAGUCUGCUCGCUCCAGUCAUUCUCGGUGCAUCGUCCCUCGCAAUCAGCUUUAAGGAUAUAAAUCUUCUUUCAAAAUGCCUCAAACAUGCGUGCAACUCCGAUGUCGACUUAAAUGUCGACCACAAAAAUUCUUUGCUUCCUUGGAGCAUGAGAAGUUUGACGUUAUUGGGUAGUUUCUCUCCUUCAUGGUGGCCCUUCAUGGGAUCUGUCCAUGGAUAUGCUUUCCUCGCUUCCAUCCAACACCUCACCCUACUCGAGUCCACAUCCUUCCAAGACCAGCCCUUCCAGUGCAACUGUGUUAGCGAAGUUGAAUUUAAAGACUCCUUGGGCCACAUGCAUCCUUUGUGCAUCGCGCGCGUUCCUUUCAAAGGAUUGCAAACACUCUCGUUGGCCAUUCCGCAUACCAACCCCCGGCCGGUCGCUCAAUGUGCGCCCCAGGAUGUAUGGCUGAAGUUGGUCACGUUCCCUGCUUCCGUGCUACCAGAGCCUUGUAGUACGCAACAGGAAAUAGAGCGGUUUAUUAAGACUGGAGCCUCGAAGUCUACUCCAUAUGGAUUUCUAACACAUUUAACGUUGUUCCAUCACCGCUUGCUAAAUCUUUGAGGCCUCGGGUGUCAGACAGACUACGCAAUGGGUUGUAUUACGGUCCAUAAUUUGAACAUAGUUGAAAGAUAGUACCUGCUCCGGGGAUCGGCGCGACUUAUUCGUGUAGUCUUUGCCAUUGCA